CCCCACCCCACGUGGUUGGAGGUUUCCAGAAGGGCUACCAUCAAUCCGCUGCGCAUCUCCCGCUUGUAGAAACGCUUGUUUGCUGCCUUUUACUUCCACCAUCUAACCGCCAUGAUAAGCGCCAGCCGAGCCGUCGUAACCCGUCUUGUCGGUUCCGCAGCCUCCCGGGGCCCCACGACCGCUCGCCCCCAGGAUGGCUGGAAUGGCUUUAGUCAUGAGGCUUUUAGAAUUGUUUCACGGCGAGACUAUGCAUCAGAAGCAAUCAAGGGAGCAGUUGUUGGUAUUGAUUUGGGUACCACCAACUCCUGUGUGGCAGUUAUGGAAGGUAAACAAGCAAAGGUGCUGGAAAACGCUGAAGGUGCCAGAACUACCCCUUCCGUUGUGGCCUUCACAGCAGAUGGUGAGCGACUUGUUGGUAUGCCAGCCAAACGACAGGCUGUCACCAACCCGAACAACACAUUCUAUGCCACCAAGCGUCUCAUUGGCCGGCGAUAUGAUGACCCUGAAGUACAGAAGGACAUUAAAAAUGUUCCCUUUAAAAUUGUCCGUGCCUCUAAUGGUGAUGCCUGGGUUGAAGCUCAUGGAAAACUCUAUUCUCCAAGUCAGAUUGGAGCGUUUGUGUUGAUGAAAAUGAAAGAGACUGCAGAAAAUUAUUUGGGGCAUACAGCAAAAAAUGCUGUGAUCACAGUCCCAGCUUAUUUCAAUGACUCUCAGAGACAGGCCACUAAGGAUGCUGGCCAGAUAUCUGGACUAAAUGUGCUUCGGGUGAUUAAUGAACCCACAGCUGCUGCUCUGGCCUAUGGCCUAGACAAAUCAGAAGACAAGAUCAUUGCUGUAUAUGAUUUAGGUGGUGGAACUUUUGAUAUUUCUGUCCUGGAAAUUCAGAAAGGAGUAUUUGAGGUGAAGUCCACCAAUGGAGACACUUUCUUAGGUGGUGAAGACUUUGACCAGGCCUUGUUACAACACAUUGUGAAGGAGUUCAAAAGAGAGACAGGGGUUGAUCUGACCAAAGACAACAUGGCCCUGCAGAGGGUUCGGGAAGCUGCUGAGAAGGCCAAGUGUGAACUCUCCUCAUCUGUGCAGACUGACAUCAACUUGCCGUAUCUUACAAUGGAUGCUUCUGGACCCAAGCAUUUGAAUAUGAAGUUGACCCGUGCUCAGUUUGAGGGGAUUGUCACUGAUCUAAUCAGGAGGACUAUUGCCCCGUGCCAAAAAGCCAUGCAGGAUGCGGAAGUCAGCAAGAGUGACAUAGGAGAGGUGAUUCUCGUUGGUGGCAUGACUAGGAUGCCCAAGGUUCAGCAGACCGUGCAGGAUCUCUUUGGCCGUGCCCCAAGUAAAGCUGUCAAUCCCGAUGAGGCUGUGGCCAUCGGGGCUGCCAUUCAGGGAGGUGUGUUGGCUGGUGAUGUCACAGAUGUGCUGCUCCUGGAUGUCACUCCCCUGUCUCUGGGUAUUGAGACUCUGGGAGGUGUCUUUACCAAACUUAUUAACAGAAACACUACUAUUCCAACCAAGAAGAGCCAGGUGUUUUCUACAGCUGCUGAUGGUCAGACUCAAGUGGAGAUAAAAGUGUGUCAGGGUGAGAGAGAGAUGGCUGGAGACAACAAACUUCUUGGACAGUUCACCUUGAUUGGAAUUCCCCCAGCCCCUCGUGGAGUCCCUCAGAUUGAAGUUACAUUUGACAUUGAUGCCAAUGGGAUUGUACAUGUUUCUGCCAAAGAUAAGGGUACUGGACGUGAGCAGCAGAUUGUUAUCCAGUCGUCUGGUGGAUUGAGCAAAGAUGAUAUUGAAAAUAUGGUUAAAAAUGCAGAGAAGUAUGCUGAAGAAGACCGGCGAAAGAAGGAACGAGUUGAAGCAGUUAAUAUGGCUGAAGGAAUCAUUCAUGACACAGAAACCAAGAUGGAAGAAUUCAAGGACCAGUUGCCUGUUGAUGAGUGCAACAAGCUAAAAGAAGAGAUUUCCAAAAUGAGGGAGCUCCUGGCUCGAAAAGAUAGUGAAACAGGAGAGAACAUAAGGCAAGCAGCCUCUUCCCUUCAGCAAGCAUCACUGAAGCUCUUCGAAAUGGCCUACAAAAAGAUGGCAUCUGAGCGAGAAGGCUCUGGAAGUUCUGGCACUGGGGAACAAAAGGAAGAUCAAAAGGAAGAGAAACAGUAAUAGCAAUAAACUUUGGAGCUGAAAGGACAACAUACUAUGAUGCUUGGGAGUAAAGGGAUUUCCUGAGCAGAAAUGAGCAAACUUCAGACUUUUACUGUGUUUUUGCAGUAUUCUAUACAUAAUUACCUUAGUAUAUAAAAUAGUGACUGUUAGCUAAUGAUCAUUUACUGAGUAAUAAUUCCAACAGUACAAAGUUCACAGUGUUCUGUCCCUAGCCUGUCUUUAUUUUUCAGCUGCAUGUAAAAGGGGAGAAGAUGAUUUAUUGAUCGUUUGAAAGAUUUGACAUUGUUUUGUGCUGAAGUAGCCAUAUUUUCAAGGCGUGAAACCAUCUCACACAACAGUGAAGGUAGUCAGCCAUAAACCUGGAAUGAGACCAGACAAAGAGAUCGUCAUAAUUGGCUGAGUACUGCUGUAUCAGCCUGGUGUGUACGUGGGAUUCUUCUACUGAGGCCUGGCAAGUCAGGCCAGCUGUGCCACAUGGGGAGGUAGGGCAGAGGGAGCCAGAUCAGUGGAAAACUAAGCUAGCUGUGUUAGGUACCACUUUAAAAGGAAGAUAAUAAGGCUCCCUAACUUCUCCCAAAGGCAUACUUUCCUAGCUGCUUUCUGGCCUGUGUCUCGUACCUGUAUCCUUAAUGAUUGUUCUUUUUGAUCCACUAUGGAUUUUUUUAAAAAAUAAAUAUGAAAAGCAUUUUGAUCUCUUGUUUGUGAGGGAUGAGGCUCUGGGACUUAGUUUUAGAAAUAAAACAUGAAUUAUACUUCUCAGUUCCCUGAUCUAGAAUCACUCAAGUGAAAUGAGGAUUUUUUUAACACUGGCUAAAAGUGUAAAUUCAAGAUUUGGAAGGCUAAUAUAAUGAAAUAAGCUUGAUCGACAAGAAAAAGCCUGGUUCUGAGCUUUUUUUCUUACACCCCAUCUUCUACUUGGAAUAUUAAGACAGUCUAGAUUUCUAUCUAGCAUGAGAAUCAGGGGUACUAUAUUAAGGUUGGUUUCAGCUCUAAGAAGCAAAACUUCAACCAGAAUUGGCUUACAAAACAUGUCUAAUAAAUCUUAAGAUACAAUUUUUUUCAGUGGCUCAGUAAUACCAGGAACUGAUACUUUUCAUAUUCCUACUUUCAUCCUUAGCAAGAUGCCCUGUGAUGUAUGGUGACAUCUUUAAAACCUCUUUCUAGUAUUAAGUGUUGAGUUAUUUUCCAGAAGUCUCCCAAUAGACUUCCCUCAUGUUUGAUGGAUUACAAUCAGAUGCUACGCCUGAAGGAGUCUGUUAAUCAAGAACAUGGGCCUAGACCCCCAUCAGACAUAAUGGGGUCUCCUUUUAUAAUAUUUUGUGAAGAUACCUAUAAAUGAAAUUCUUAUGUACUUAAAUACAACGUCAAAUGGAAAAGAGAUUAUUUACAUAGUAAUUCUAUUCCUAGAAAACUAAAGUGUUCAUUAAUACCUGUGUAUACACUUGUUAAAAUUUAAUGUGAAAAUAAAUUCUAGGUUCAAGUCUUAA